GCCAAGUCGUAGGCCUACAGUUCAAUACACACCUUUGAAGUUGCGCAAACGUUCACACACACACACGCUCGCGUCGUACGAUCUUACGCUUAUACGCAAAUAUAAACAGGCAUACAUAUUAUAGAAUCUCAUACAAGAAACAUCGAAUCGCUUUGCGGCUUACAAAUAAAAAUAUCAACAAAAUGUAUCCAUACAGCUCCGGAAUGCCAUAUCCUCCACAACCUCCUACUAACGAGCAGCAAAGUGUGCCUUUUGGAGCUGGUUGGGUUGCACCGAUGCAGCAAAACGUCCCUCAACAUCAUUAUAAUCAUCAUUCACAGCCCCCAUCAUUAUCAUCACAAUCAACACCAACAAUGAACUAUCAGCAAUUGCCAAAUCAACAUGGUGCCAUGCCUUUUGGCAGCAGUGGUUCCUAUGGUGGUCCACCUUAUCCCGCCUCUCAAUCCAUUUCGCCCCCGUAUCCUACUAACGCCUCCCACCAUCCUCAUAUGGGACCAAGUGCUGGUCCUCCAUAUCCUGCCCAACAUCAUCAACAGCAGGGUGUGGGCUUUAAUGCAGGUCAUGCAGCCCCACAAUACCAUAACCCCCAUUACGGGCACCCGGCAUCGCACGCCCCCUAUUCGGCUAACCAUGGAUAUACACCAGUCAUGACAUCGGGUGGAUAUGAAUCACCCGCCGGCAAUAUGGCACAUUGUUUCGAAGAACUGUCUCAUCGCCAGGGGCAUGACGUGCAUCGGUCAUCCAAUCAGUAUCUGCAAGCACCCAAAGAGGGAACUCCCACCGUGUUUCCUGCUCAAGGAUUUGAUCCUGUCAAAGAUGCCCACGACUUACGUAAAGCCAUGAAGGGUUUCGGCACAGAUGAAAACGCACUAAUUAACAUUAUAUGCCGUCGAACUAAUAGUCAGCGUCAGGAAAUACAACGUCAAUACAAAACUCACUUUGGAAAAGAUCUAAUUGAGGACAUCAAGUCGGAAACAAGCGGCAAUUUCGAGAAGCUCCUCGUGGGACUCCUACGUCCCAUCGUUGAUUUCUAUUGUGCUGAACUGAAUGAUGCUAUGGCUGGCUUGGGCACAAAAGAGGAGGUUCUCAUUGAAAUUCUAUGCACACUAUCGAAUCAGGAAAUUCAUACAAUCAAACAUCAAUAUUUGCGAUUGUAUGGCGCACACUUGGAAUCAGAAUUAAAAUCGGAGACCUCAGGCAACUUCAAACGUUUGUUGGUUUCGCUUUGCACUGCCGCUCGAGAUGAAAGCGGUCAGAUAGAUCCCAAUCAAGCUCAAAUCGAUGCCAGAGAGCUGUUGAAAGCAGGCGAGCUGCGCGUUGGAACUGAUGAGAGCAUGUUCAAUAUGAUACUGUGUCAAAGGAACUAUCAGCAGCUGAAACUGAUAUUCCAAGAGUAUGAAAGGAUGACUGAACACUCCUUGGAGAAGGCCAUCAAGAAGGAGUUUUCGGGAGAUAUUAUGGAGGGUCUGAUAGCCAUCUAUAAGUGUGUCACAAAUAAAGCUGAAUAUUUUGCGUCGCGCUUGCACAAAAGCAUGGCUGGCAUUGGAACAAAUGACGGCCAACUUAUUCGUGUUAUCGUAACACGCUGUGAGAUCGACAUGGCGGAUAUUAAAGUGGCGUUUGAACGGUUGUAUGGCAAAUCAUUGAAGAGCUGGAUUAAGGGCGACACUUCUGGUCAUUAUAAACACGCUCUUUACGCUCUGGUUGGCGAAGAACGUUCGUCUUAAGCGUAUCCUAUAUAAUACCACCUUAAAAACAAACCACACUAUUCGAAUAUUGUUUAUCUCAUUAUUCUAAUAUUUAGUAAACAUACGGAUGUGCAUUAAACUGCAAAGCAGUCUGACCUACAAAUUUCUGGUUCAACUUAAUGUUUCAAUAUACCAAGUAAUACAUGGUAUUUUAUUUAAUAAGUAAAUACAAACUGUUUGGAGUUGUAUGAAAGACAAACGAAGCUCAGUGCAGAAAAACUAUCUUGUGCCUACCAACUAUUGAAGAAUCUAUGGCAAACAUAAAAAAAUGGUUUUAAAUAAUAUGUAUUGCAUUUUUUAUAUUUAUACAAAACACUUACACUUACAAAAAAUACUUUUUACAUCUAUUUGAAAUUGUCAAUUCGUUCAUUACUUUUAAAAACCAAGGCGUUUACAAGCUCUAAAAACACGCAUCUAACUUAAGUCACCCGUUAUUGGAAAAUAAAUUGGCAAUAUCGGGCGAUAUAGUUUUAAAGUCGGCUGCCAAAACUAUGGAACAAUUCAAAAGUAUACAUACGUAAUGUAAUUUAAAAUUGAAAAUACAAAUAUAUUACAUAUUUCUCAACUUUAAA